AUGGCGAGACCUAACAAGCGCAAACUGAGCGCUGCGACGUCUGUGACCGCACAGACUCCUAAAAAGCCUUCCAAGUAUGCGAAGGAGGCGGCCAAGCAGGAGCCGCACAGCGCCAAGAGUAUCAACAAGGCACAGCUUUUUGACUCGGAAGAAGAACACGAAGAAGAAGAGCACGAGGACGAGAACGAGGACGACGGCAGCAGUAAUGAUGAAGGUGAAGGAUCGGAGGCUGACGAUGGGUUCUCGGACGCCAAUAAGAAGUGGUUGAAGCUCAAAAACGGCGUCGGUAAUGAUGCUGACGAGGAUCAAGACGAGGAGGACGAAGAGGAGCUGGCUAUCGAGCGCAAGGCUCGUCUUCUGGAUGAAGAAGAGGCGCUGCAGGCUCAGGAAGCUGAGGACGAUAUGCGGCUGAACAUUGCCAACAACGAGCCAUACCAUUUACCCACCGAGGAGGAGCUGGCAGAGGAAGCUGAGGACAACGAUGACAUGUCGGACCCUGCAGAAGUACACCAGCGUAUUAAGGAUGUGGUGGAAGUAUUGGCGCAGUUUAGUGCUCGUCGAGAGGCGGGACGUUCGCGUGUGGACUAUAUGGAAUCGCUGGCCAAGGACUUGGCUGGAUACUUUGGCUACAACCGCGAGCUGAUUGACAUGUUCCUUCAGAUGUUCUCCCCUGCAGAAUGUGUCGAGUUUGUAGAAGCAAACGAGCAGCCACGGCCAUUGGUCAUCCGUACCAACACGCUGAAAGCGCGUCGUCGUGACCUGGCACAGGCACUGAUCCAGCGCGGCGUGAACCUUGACCCGCUUGCCAAGUGGUCAAAGGUCGGUCUGAAAAUCUACGACUCGCCAGUUCCCAUUGGUGCCACGCCCGAGUACUUGGCAGGCCACUACAUGCUUCAGUCGGCGUCUUCCAUCUGUGCUGUGAUGGCGCUUGCUCCGCAGAUGAACGAACGGGUGCUUGAUUUGGCGUGCGCUCCGGGUGGUAAAACCACGUACAUUGCUCAAUUGAUGAAGAACACAGGUACUAUUAUCGCGAAUGAUCUAAAGAAACAGCGCCUGAAGGCCACGGUUGCUAAUCUGCACCGGUUGGGUGUGAAGAACACAUCGGUGUCUUGCUACGAUGGUCGCAAGGUGCCGUCGCUUUUCAAGGGUUUCGACCGCGUGUUGCUGGAUGCCCCGUGUACAGGGUUGGGUGUCAUUGCUCGUGACCCUUCUAUCAAGACGCAAAAGGGAGAGAAGGAUGUGCACCGUCUCGCUCACUUGCAAAAGGAGCUGCUUCUGGCUGCCAUUGAUGCCGUUGAUGCCAAGUCCAAGACUGGCGGAUACAUUUUGUACUCGACGUGCUCCGUUAUGGUUGACGAGAACGAGUCGGUCGUUGAUUACGCUUUGCGCAAGCGCUGCGUAAAGCUCGUGGAAACUGGACUCGACCAUGGUAAGCCCGGCUUUACUCGCUACCAGCAGCAGCGUUUCCACCCCUCAAUGCAGCUUACUCGCCGGUUUUACCCACAUGUGCACAACAUGGACGGCUUCUACGUUGCCAAGUUAAAGAAGUAUGCGAAUACGAUGCCGUCGGAAGAGAAAGAUGCGAAGAAGACAAUUGACGAACUUGAGGAGGAUGCCGAGGAGGCAAACCUGACAAAGAAGCAGCGUGUGAAGGCUAAAAAGGAGCGGAAACAGGCAGCUCAAGAUGUCGAGGCUGAGAUAACCCAAGUGGAUCAGAGUGAUGCUGAGGAGGAAGAAGAGGCUAAGCGUUUGCCGAAGAAGCAGAGACAGGAACCCAAGGCCAAGGUCAAUCAAAGCAAGAAGCGUGACGGCAAAGGCAAGAAACCUAGUCGACCGCGCAAGAAAUAG